UCCCCAGCGGGAGCCCGCGUUUCCCGGGGUCGGGCCGCCGGUCUCCCCGGGGAUAGGGCCGGCGCUGCUCCGCCGGUUCCCGGGCCUCGCUGGCGGCUCCCAUGCUGCGUGUGGGGCCCGGCGGGGGCUCGGCCGCGGAGGAUUCUGGGGGCAUCCCGCCCAAGCGGGGUUCUCCGCGGCUCUUCUACCUUUUGGGGAGCCCGUUACUUUAUGCUAGACCACACGCCCCCUUCUGCGGGCUGGUGUUUGUAUGGCCACAGGUUUUCCAAGACUGGUUUUGUUUUUUGUGUUUUUAAAGCAUUACUUGGGACUUUCGACGUCACUGAUCUGUCCACUUACAGUGAGGAAAGUGAUGUAUCGGUCGUUGUGGGUUUCCCUUGUUAGUGUCCAGACUUUAAGUUAUGAUCUUAAUGCUCAUCCCACCACUUUGGGCCGCUUUAUCAGCAGUUAGAGGGACAAUCUAAUAAAGGUGAACCCCGAGGUCUUUUAUUUGCCAGGGUUUCCAGAAAGGAAACAAAACCACAGAUGUGUCAACUGUCAGAGAGUUCAGAUACUUCAAGUUCUGAAAGCGAAGGAGAGAGUGAACCGGAACGGGUUUCUGGGUACCACAGACUACUCGCCACGUUAAAGAAUGUUUCCGAGGAAGAGGAAGAGGAGGAGGAGGAGGAGGAGAGUGUUGCAGAUGAGGCCGAAGGGAGUGAUGAAGAUGAUGGUAGUGGGGUUGGUGUGGAGGAAGAGACAGCCACAGAGUCUACUGCAGUGCAGGAGAGUAUGGCCUUACCUGCUGACCUUGAGGAAAAAGAUGGAGACAGGGCAGCUGGCACGUCACGGAAAGCCCCUGAGGAGUUUACAGAUGCAAAACACGAGUCACUCUUUAGCCUGGAAACUAAUUUUCUUGAAGAGGAAAGUGGAGGCAACUGUUCUCUGAAAACAUCCCAAGAUCCAUUUCUACAACAUGUGAACAAAGAACUGAAAGAAAAAGAAAUUCAGGCUAUUGACACAAAUCCCCAAAAUACUCACCAACUAAAAUGGCUCAUUCUGGGCCAGCUUGUCUUUUCAUCCAAGUUUCAGACGUUGGAAACAUUUAAACCCCCAAAGGACAUUGACUUAAAGUCACUUCAUCUCCAGAAGCCUCUGGAAUCCACCUGGACAAAGAUCAACAGCCAGUUCCUCUCUGGUCCCCAAAAAUCAAGUUGCCCCUUCACACCCCUCCAGAAAGAGCUCUUCUUAAUUAUGAAUUCCUACCGGGACCUGUUCUACCCAGAAAGGACUGCCCUGAAGAACGGGGAAGAGAUCCGCCGUGUGUACUGCCUGCAUGUGAUAAAUCAUGUCCUCAAAGCCAAUGCCCAGGUGCUUGGCAACAAUAGUAGACGCCGAAUCCAGAAACUUGGAGUGGGUGACGACGAUGAUUUCAGGGACCAAGGGCUGACACGGCCCAAGGUGCUGAUAGUGGUGCCCUUCCGGGAGGCUGCCUUGCGGGUGGUGCAGCUCUUCAUCAGCCUCCUCGAGGGUGACAGCAAGAAGAAAAUAAUUGUGAGCAACAAAAAUAGGUUUCAGGGAGAGUAUGGCUCAGAUCCCGCGGAGAGACCACCCAAUCUGAAGAGGCCGGAGGAUUACGAAGCUGUGUUUGCUGGCAACAUCGACGACCACUUUAGGAUCGGGGUGGCAGUACUUCAGAGAAGCAUCCGGCUCUACGCUCCCUUCUACUCCUCGGACAUCCUCGUUGCCUCCCCUCUGGGUUUGCGGACUAUCAUUGGUGGAGAAGGAGAGAAGAGAGAUUUUGACUUUCUGUCUUCUAUUGAGCUGCUCAUCAUUGACCAAGCUGACAUUUACCUGAUGCAGAACUGGGAGCAUGUCCUGCAUUUGAUGAACCACAUGAAUCUGCUGCCCUUGGACUCACAUGGGGUGGACUUUUCUCGAGUACGGAUGUGGAGCCUCAAUAAUUGGUCCAAGUACUAUCGCCAGACCCUGCUAUUUGGUGCCCUGCAGGACGCACAGAUCAAUUCUGUGUUCAACAAGUACUGUGUCAAUGUGCAAGGCCAGGUGUCUGUGAGGAACGUCCCGAUGACAGGUUCCAUCAGCCAUGUCCUGGUGCAGCUCCCACAUGUCUUCCAGAGGUUGGAAGUUGGAGACCUAGCUUCACUGAUUGAUGCCAGGUUUAACUUUUUCGUGAACAAGAUUUUGCCUCAGUAUCGUGAUGCAGUCAUGUCUCACACGCUCAUCUAUGUUCCCUCCUACUUUGACUUUGUACGCCUCCGAAAUUACUUCAAGAAAGAGGACCUGAACUUCACUCACAUCUGUGAGUACACACAGAAGUCUGGUGUCUCCAGGGCCAGACACUUCUUCCUCCAAGGAGAGAAGCAGUUUCUGCUCCUCACAGAGCGCUUCCAUUUCUACAAAAGGUACACAAUAAAAGGCAUCAGGAACCUGAUUUUCUAUGAACUGCCCACAUAUCCCCACUUCUACAGUGAUGUCUGUAACAUGCUGAGGGCCACCAGCAGAGGAGAGGAAGCUGCCUGGACCUGCACCGUCCUCUAUGCCAAGUACGAUGCCCAGAGGCUGGCCGCUGUGGUUGGCGUGGAGCGGGCUGCGCAGAUGCUGCAGUCCAAGAAGAGCGUCCACCUCUUUAUUACUGGAGAAACAUGAGAACGGGUUGGACGGGAAAUAUUUGGCAUGAUACAUAAUGCCUGAUUCUGCGCCACUUGGCCCCAGUUCUGACCACCUUUGCGGGAGAAGACUGCCGCAGGAGAGGAGCACCAGGCCACGCCAUCGCGGAUACGGCUUUCUUUCCAGGUCAUACGCCCCUGAGAAGCUAAAUGUAAACCAAAUUUUGGUGAAUCAUAUCCUUCAGAGGUCAGGAGGGAGCUGAAGGGGCUCUGAGAAGUGGAGAGAAGGAAACUUCUACUUGUGAAUCUUUUGUAAGCCAUAAAUUCUUCUACUGUGUUGUAUCUCUAAUUUAUUACAUUUGGUAAAUUCUUUCA